UUUGCCCUGAUACCGCGUUACUCUCAGAUUGAGUCCGUGCCUUCGAUCGACAUUGUGUGCCAUUAAUAUUUGAAUCAAAUUCACUUUCGUCCUCAUAGGAACGGGAUGAUUGUUCCGCGCGGUUCCACUCUCUCCUCGCGCAUUCGCGGCCUUUAUUAAGAUAAAUCAGUGUGCCUCUAUUAAUUACAGUGUUAUUUAUUGACUUAGUGAAAAUACGGCAGUGAUUUAGCAAAGUGAUACAAUUAAAAUUAGCGUUAAUUGAAAUUUAAUUGAAGCUGAUUGGUUUUAAUGAAAUUGCUAGAAAAUGGAAUCAGCUGGUUUUGAUGAUCAAAUAUUUAGUGAUUUUAAUGAUACCCUCAGUCCGCUCAGUGCGAAAGCGAUUCAAGCCGGAGGACCAAGUGGUCACAAUAUACAGGUGGUGCUGGGAAUAAAUCACCCUUCACCGGAUUCCUGCACGCAGCGGUUGCCCGAAGUGAAUAGUAUCCUUGCAGCAGGAUCGCCUAGUUAUAAAAGCAUCGAUUAUACUAAUUUAAAUAAAGUGGACUACCAUCCAAAUGGAAAAAUUGAUUCUCAAUACUCACCUAAUUCCGGAAAAAUGGAAUACAUCAACUGUAAGCUCGAAUAUUUCUCUCCGCCACUCAAUGUCGAUAAUAAUCCGAAUAAAAUAGAAUAUGUUAAAACCCUAGAUUACAAUGCCAAUGGUCGAAUGGAGUAUUCGCCCCCAUCGAAGGCAACAGACUACGGAAAUGGCAAGCUGGAAUAUGAAACCACCAUGACCAUGUUCCAGCAACCUCCACCGAUGAAUCCCACCUCGCUAAAUGGUUUGAACGAUCCAAGCAAGCGGAAAAGUGAUGAAGUGAACAGUGCAUCUGGAUCAUCAACUCCUACCACGACUACGCCAAUUACAAACGGCAAUGGAAGUGAUUGUGCGUCAAGUUCCAAUAAAAAGAACGACAAGAAAAAAUCUGACCCUAACGGAAUUAAGAAGAAGAAAACGAGGACUACCUUCACGGCAUACCAGCUGGAAGAGUUAGAGAGGGCUUUCGAACGAGCACCAUAUCCUGAUGUUUUCGCACGAGAAGAGCUUGCUAUGAAGCUCAAUUUAAGUGAAUCUCGAGUGCAAGUCUGGUUUCAGAACCGUCGUGCCAAAUGGAGGAAACGCGAACCGCCCAGGAAGUCGGCCUAUAUGGGCAAUAACAGUCCAUCAACGCCAAUGAACGGUCCGAUUGGCACUACGUUCACACAGUUUCCGCAAACUACGACGGUAACUCCACCGAGUAGUGUAGAAAGUUGGCCCACUUACCAAACACCAUAUGAGUUAAGCCCUCACUUCAAUCUGCUGUCUCCUGCCGCUAGCCCUUAUGGUUCCUUCACCACCCAGUACGGUACUUACGUGCACGAAAGUCAAUUAUUCCCGGUAAGACAGCAUUUCGAUUACGGCAGUCCGUCAAGAACAGGGACAGAGACCGAAGAACCACAUCACAAAGCUGAACACUAUGCAUCGUUGGACGAUAAGUUCGAUACGCACUGCACUGUGUCGGAUGGCGUCACAAAUGGAAAGUAUGUGGACGACACAAAGUACAUACACGCCGUAAACAUCAUCGACGACCCGAAGUACGCCAGUAACUGCCAUCUGGAAGAUCCAUCGCUCAAACAGUCCCAUUACGGUACACCUACUGCGUGUCAACCUGGCGACGACACGGAGUCGCUCGGCAUCGUCAAAUCCGAGGAUGGCGUUAGUCACAGCUAUGUGCUUCCGCCUUUUUUGCGCUGAAGCAAAUGCUGUCGGCAAAACGUUCUUAACAUGUAGACAUUGUCUUCGUCUCAUGGAAAGGCAACAUGUGAGUGAGCCGAGAAAACAAUUUGGAAGCCACCUAGCCCAUUCAAAAUCCUAGCAGCAAGGGAUCCAAAACACAGAACCUAAAUUCCUUAACACAAUUUGGAAUAAAAUCCUCCACAAAGUUAUGUCGGACGAUAGACCCAUGGGUUGCUUCAAAUUCCUAUAUUUAUUUUUCAUUCCACUUCACAUGUGUAGAUUUAAGAAACGAUCAGUUUUAUCUGCGUACCUUUGUAAAUACCCAAGCGAACCGAAGCUUAUAGAGUAGUAAAAAUCAAAAUUAUGUGCUACCCAGAUUCCGAAAAGCUUGUUCCUAUCUAAUGAAAUCAAAAUCAAAGGCUUAUUUGUACAUUCGGACAAGAUAAUCAACAAGUUCAUAUCACGCGUCCAACGAUAAAAAGGGGAUACUGUGCAAAGCAUAAAAACCGACAACGGCUGCGGUUCAUCAGCAAGCCGACAAUUCCAUUUUAAGGGUGAAAUAAAUUAAAUUGGAUAAAAAAGGAAAGCGCAGACCAAGGGAUAAACAUUGGAUUGUUACAAAAACUUUCCACACCAGGUAAAACGUGAAGCCUUAUUCCUUUUUUCACACCAGUCAGUGUAUCUGUUGAAUGUCGAGCAAUCCCAAAUCAAUCAACCAUUUCUUGUUGCUCAGUAUUCACCAAAACCGGUGCGUUAGGGUGGUAUGUUUUAUGACAAAUGGAAAAAAGGCACAAUCCACCUACGUGUUUAGUAAACACCAGCAACCACAAAUCAAAAAAACACUUUCUAGGGAAUCAUGUCAGUUUUCAAAACACGUAUUUACAAUCCUAACACAAUGAAAGAUCCCCUGUGAAAACAGAACAGGAAAGCAUACUCUUAUACAAGGUGCCCUACAGCUAUGUAUCGGAAGCUGUAAUAACAUUGGCGAUGAUUCACUCAAUCGUUGGAAGUUUAUCCCCAUCAUAACUCAACCAGCAACCGAUGCAUUGUACGCUAGAGGUAUAUAUGGUUGUUGAGAGGAAAUAUCACUCUCUUUUCUCCCUCCAUUGUUGUGUAUUUAUUUAAUAUCGAAUUUCCUACCCAGUAAACACACAGUUGAUUGAUGGAAAUACAAAUUACCAUAAAAAGUGAAAGAGAAAGAGACUGAGGAAGACGAUUUGUAGCCCAAGGGAAAUUGUGCGAUUUUGGUGACAAUAUAACCUGUGGGCCGUCACCAAUUCGGGUGGCUGUUUUAAUCCCACCCACUCUCGAUGAACUUAUGCAAUGUUGCUUAUCAAUCAACUAAGAUAGCAAGAUUAUCUAUUCAGUGUUUUUGAUUUCUGUGCAUCCAACUGGGAUAGUUACCGUACACUAAGCGAUCAAAUGAACAGCAAUGGUUACGAUUGUACCAUGUAUUUUAGUAACUACCCGCAUAAACAAUAACCAUAAGAAGCGCCUAACCACCAAUUCGGGAUAUCAUCCCAACUUUAUGUGGUAUGCUCGCACCAUCUAUGAUAUCGUAAGUGUAUGGUACCCGUUUAUUAGGGUAGAUAUGCAUUCAGUGAGUCACAGUCUAAAUCGUCCAUCAUUUUUUUUUUUUUGCUUUUCAAAUUUAUAAACAUAGCUCAGGAACGAAAUAGGUAUAUUAGUUUAACUUUAACAUUUAACUGCUCAUUACAUCAGCUUCGCUUUUACCGAAGACAACAUAUCAAGAACACUGACAGCUCUGCCAGAAUCCAAGUAACAGAUACAGUAGCGAACGAAGAUGGAAGUAACGCAUAUAAAAAUGAGUAAAUACACCUUUCUUCUGAGGACGUAACCUUUGCUAUCCAAAUCGUUCGGAG